AUGGAUAACAACGAAAUUAUGAAACCUUUCUUUCCUGCUGUAUUGAAAGGAUGUGAAGCAGUAUCAGAAAAGUUUUUUAGCUGCCUAAAUAAAAAUAUACAGCCAUAUGGAGAUGAAACAGUAAUAAAAAGUGGAAUGGAUCAAUGCUACCCGUUAAAAAUUAAUUAUGAGAAAUGUACUGAAGACAAACUAAAAAAACUUAAAAGCCCAUUAAUGUUUUUAACAGAAUACAAAGAAAAUAAAAAAUAA